AUGUGAGUGUCUCGCUGUACGAUAUUUAACGAUGCUUUGCUGAGAUUUUUAUGGAAUGUAGGAAUUGCUUGCUUCCAGUAUACUGGCGCCGGUAUGAUCGUUGUGAGGUUUUUGAAAAUUAUAUCUGACAUUCGCAGUCGAAAAUAUCGUGAGCAGCCAGUCUAUAACGAAUUUUAAAAGUCAAAAAAUCUCGAAAUUCGAAAGUUGGAGUCAUAAAGAAUGUACCUCGUGAGUCUGAUUUCGAAAAGACAUUUUCUUGUGAUAUAUAUUGUACCGAACGGACGAAAUUCAAUUGUUUUCUGGAAAUGCCGUGGCCGAUACGAAAAAUCUUGUUUGUUAAUGAUAUCUUCAUCGAUAUAUUACUGAAAACGAGUGACAGAGGAAUCAAUGCGUUGCCUACGUUUCGACCGGAUUCAGAUAAUAUCUCUGUAUACAAAUGUAAAUCAGCAGGAAUUUGCUACGAUGAAAAUGACAACGAAUUCAGGUGUAUUACAAGAAACCUUGAAUGCUGCCAUAUAAAAACAGAAGACCGAUUUGUUCUAUUCAAUGCCCCACGAGGGGAAUUUUGUUGCCCAGGUGCCGGUAUGUUUGACGAGCAAAUAGAAAAAUGCGUUAAUGGCGAAAUUGUUCGACGGCUAAAUGUUAGAACUUGUCCUAACACAAUAGAUGAAUGGCACAACACGAAAACACAGACAUGCUGCACAAGCAAGAGUGGGAAGACGAAAGUUCAUUUACUUGAAGAUGGUAAAGUUUGCUGUGGAGAGAAUUAUAUACAAAACUCAACGAAGGGAUGUUGUAAUGGUCAAGAAUACAACAGGAAAUCAGAAUGUUGCAAAAACAGAAUGAUAGUUUCAGCUCAAGAUUGUUCGAAAGAACAUGAAGUUUUUGAAAAAAUAGGAUGCCACAAAGAACUCGAAUGUUCAGAGGAAUUUAUGGAGAAAACAUUUCACUCUCAUUCACACAAGCCUUCAUAUAUGUAUUCAUUCACUGUUGGUGAACUCAAUCAACAAACGGAAACUCAUCUUAUUUAUGAAGCAAAUUCCUGCAGACAAUACACCGGUACAAGAAAGCGAAAAAAGCAGAUUCGCACAAAGAAAUGCAAUUUGAAAUUCAUCGACAUUCCAAAAUGCGAAUGCCCUGGAAAGCUUGUUUCUGGAUUCAAUUAUAUUUUAAAAACAAGACAAAAAAUAGUUAUGAAAAAAUUGAUGUUGGAUGGGAAAAAUUACUAUAUUACCCGCAAUAACCUUUUUUAAAAUAUAGCAUAUAUAUAUAAGCAACAUUUUUGCAUAAAGAAUUUUUGUGCCACUGUUAUAUUUCAUUAAUAUGUUAGACCUCGGCCUCUCUUACCCUCGAUCGUAAUUUAUUUAUGAUUGUGAUAGAUUGGUUUUAUAAUUAUAUUAUAAAGUCAAAUAUAUAUAUGUUCCGGACACAAGAUACUCGCCUGGACAGCAAGUUACUAGUAUCUCGUCAUUUUAAUAUUUCAUUUUUUCUUCCAAUGUUUUUUUAUAGAAAUUACAUUCUAUGUCAAAUCCGCAUAUGUAUUGUUGUCCACUUAAAAUUAAUUUUUAUUUUCUAUUUAUUUUUGUCACUAAACCAUGUACAUAUAUAUGCUAGUCAAUCAUGUUUCAGGUUGGCGCCUGAAAAAAAAAUAAAACAACGAUCCAUAGCAGUUGCGUAUCAUUAGCUGUAUUGUAUGUAAUCGUGAUUAAUGUUUGACAAUAUGCGAUACCUAAGAUUUUCUCGAUCAAUUAGUUUCCAUCCUGUCAGUUGUAUUUAUACUUUUAAACAUAACACUUACCUCAGGCUUCAAUAUAUUUUGGUUACAGCUUUGAUUAUUUUUCACAAUCCCACAUAGUAGAUGUUUUUUCACACACCACAUUUUUUAUUCUCAUCUCGUCUAAUUUUUCUAGUUCUGUAUUGGUGUUAUAAAGAAUGUUAAAAUGCUAUUCUGUUCAUUGUGUUUAUAAUACUACGAAUAUAAUCUACAUACUCAGAGCAUGAAUCAUAGGUUUCUCAUUUUUUCUGGUCAAGUAUAUUUGUCUCAGGAAGUCAUAAUUUUCGACAGAACAACGAUGUUUAUUAUGUCCAACAACAUUAAACAAUUGAAUAUUCAAACAACAAGUUUUUGGUAGGCCUACUAGUGGUAAUUUCUACUAUAUUGAACUCGCUAUUCCAACCACAAUAUAAAAUCCAUUAGUUCAACUUGUUUAUUAUUGCUUUUUGUGCCAAUGUGUUUGGGGUUUUUUAAUUUAUAUUUAUGUCAAUAAAAAUAUUUACACGCUCAA